GCCUGUGGCUCGUCGGCCGCCCGCUCGGCUCGACUUGGCCGGGAGGCGUGCAUGCCCCUGCUGCCCGCGGCGCUCAUCAGCAGCAUGCUCUAUUUCCAGAUGGUGAUCAUGGCAGGGACGGUGAUGUUGGCGUACUACUUCGAAUACACGGACACGUUCACUGUGAACGUGCAGGGAUUCUUCUGCCACGACAGCGCCUACCGCAAGCCCUAUCCGGGCCCAGAGGACAGCAGCGCCGUGCCCCCUGUACUCCUCUACUCGCUGGCUGCUGGCGUCCCGGUGCUCGUGAUAAUAGUUGGAGAAACUGCCGUGUUUUGCCUACAGUUAGCCACAAGGGAUUUUGAAAACCAGGAAAAAACCAUCUUAACUGGAGACUGUUGCUAUAUAAAUCCACUGGUACGCCGAACUGUCCGAUUUCUUGGAAUUUACACGUUUGGGCUGUUUGCUACAGAUAUCUUUGUAAAUGCUGGACAAGUGGUCACAGGCAACCUGGCUCCACACUUUCUGGCCUUGUGUAAGCCCAAUUACACAGCUCUUGGGUGUCAACAGUACACACAGUUCAUCAGUGGAGAGGAAGCAUGCACAGGGAACCCAGAUCUCAUCAUGCGAGCAAGGAAAACCUUCCCAUCCAAAGAAGCUGCCCUCAGUGUCUAUGCUGCCAUGUAUCUGACGAUGUACAUUACGAACACUAUCAAAGCCAAAGGCACCAGACUUGCUAAGCCUGUUCUAUGCUUGGGAUUAAUGUGUUUGGCCUUUCUUACUGGACUCAACAGAGUAGCAGAAUAUCGAAAUCAUUGGUCGGAUGUGAUAGCGGGCUUUCUAGUUGGAAUAUCUAUAGCAGUAUUUCUGGUUGUGUGCGUGGUAAAUAAUUUCAAAGGAAGACAACCAGAAAAUGGGCACAUGCACAGGGACAGUGUGGCCCGGAUGCCGAUGAUCAACAUUCCUCGAGUAGAAAGCCCUUUGGAAAAGGUAGCAUCUGUGCAGAACCACAUCACUGCCUUUGCAGAGGUCACAUGAUAUUGAAGCAGAUGGUUUUUCCCUGCACUGGACGUCAUCUCUCUUUACCAUCCAUUCAUAAGAAGGUUUAUUUGAUUACACAGGAAAUUUAUAAAGUUAUCUGAGACUUUUUAUAAAUUGAAAACUCAAUAGCACCCUCCCUGAUCCACCCCCUCCCCCGUCCCCCACUAGACUGUGAGCUCCUCAAGAGCAGGACCAUGGCUUUCUUUUCUGUAUCCCCAACACCUACCGCCCAGCACAAAGUGUGGGUGUUCAGUAAAAACACGAUGACAAAAUGAACCAAUUAAUUCUUAAAUAAAAUAGUCGCUUUAGUUUCUCAAAAGAAUCUCUGUGACUAUGUGAAAAGAAAUCUCCAUGUGGGUUAUAUUUGUAUAAGAGAGAAACCCUCUAUUUUGGACUCACUGAGCCUUUUUAAUUUUUCAUAUAUCUAUUCAACAGUACAGUAUAUUUAAUUUGAAGUUAAUUUUGAAAGUCACGGGGGCUUUUUUUUAUUAUGCAGCAUGACAUUUUUUUCCAUUCUAACAGAUUUCAGGGUGUGAAAUCAUUUUACUUUUAGAAAGUAUGUCCUAUACUAAAUUGUUUGCUCAUCACAUUAUUCUGUAUGUCACUUACAAUGCCAUUCAUACUACACAUUCUAAGACUGGUGCUUCUGCUUUUAAAGGGGAAAUUGCCAAUUUUUAUUGUCACUAAGUAAUGUAUCAUAAUUAAAAUUAUUUAUUUGGACUUUU